AUGCUGAAACCCGUCCGGAGCGGCCUGCUGGCGAUUGUGGGCGUGCUGCUCUUUCACGCGGCCGGCGGAGUGAACAGCCCGUGCUGGCAGAGCAGCAGGUGUCAGGAGCUCAGCACAGAAGCUGGCCUGCUGGAGUGCAUCAAAGCCUGCAAACUGGACCUGUCUGCGGAGUCACCUGUGUACCCAGGUAAUGGCCACCUGCAGCCUCUGUCUGAGAGCAUCCGGAAGUACGUCAUGAGCCACUUCCGCUGGAACAAGUUUGGCAGGAAGAACAGCAGCAGCGUCGCUGGCCACAAGCGAGAAGAGAUCCCCAGCAAUCUCCUCUUUGGCGUCUUCCCUGAUGCUUCCCCAGCCCAAAGAGGAGACAAAGAAGAAGAAGGAGCUGCCCUCGAAAGGCAAGACAGCAAACGAUCCUACUCAAUGGAGCAUUUCCGAUGGGGGAAGCCAGUAGGCAGGAAGAGGAGACCCAUCAAGGUCUAUCCCAAUGGGGUGGAAGAGGAGUCUGCCGAGAACUACCCACUGGAGUUCAGAAGAGACCUCUCUAAGGAACUGGACUACCCCGAGUUCGAGUCCCUGGAAAGCCCAGAGAGCGAGGAAGAGAUGGUCUCAGAGGAGGAAGAGAAGAAAGAUGGAGAGUCCUACAAGAUGCACCAUUUCCGAUGGAACACCCCACCCAAAGACAAGCGAUACGGGGGCUUCAUGACAUCGGAGAACAGCCAGACCCCUUUAAUGACUCUUUUUAAGAAUGCCAUAAUCAAAAAUGCCUACAAGAAAGGCCAGUAA